GGUCAUCAUCUCGAAUCAUUCACCACCAUCGCCAGGUCGAGAUCGCCAUCAUCAGAUCUGGACCGGCAUUGUGUUCCUCGGAUCGGGAUCGCUGUCAUCGGACUGGGAUCGCCUUAGCGAUCACCAUGGUUAUAUCCGAAGCCGUUCUGGCAGUGACGGCGUACGUGUUGGGAUUGCGACGAUCAUAUCGUCUGGUGAGAAGACUAGAGGGGCGGCUGCUCCGAUCUCAUCCUCGGACACGAAACUUCGUUGAAAGGAGGACUAGGGCGCUGUUCAAGUUCGCAGCCUCGGUCGCAGAGAAGGUUCGCCAAAAAGAUUCCGCUCUUGGUCGGAAGCUGGGGAAUGCCUUAUCCCGAUGGAGUCGCCGACAGCGAGAACUGCAUCACGAUUCUCAAGGGCGCGUGGUGCGAGGGAACGGCAGCAAAUUAGAUAGUUGCUGUCCAUCUUCAACAUCGACUUCGACCUCAACUCAAACUUCAAUGACAUCUGGCAUUAAGAAUGGCAAAUCGACUCGUUCCUCGGACAGACCUGCAGGAUCGAAGUUUGGACCAGGAACACGACGAGGUCAGGAGGGUAAGAAGGUUGGGUUUUGCACAUUGAUUCCCAGUGCUCAAGUGGCGGGCCGCGAGGAUUUCCGGACUGUUCUGCAAACAUCGCGCUCCGAGGCUGGACAUUCCGAAGAAAACUUUGUUGAAACUACUACGAGCAUCGGUUGUGUUGAUGAUGAGGAGGAAACCAGUGUAGCAGGGCCUUCGGGCGCUAUUGGUUGUGUGGGCUCCGACUUACCUCCGUUGUCUAUGUCUCAAUUAACACGGCUGUUAUCGACAGUAUUGUCUGCACUGUCGUUGAGGGCGCGAUGUCGGAUGCAACAGCCACACUUCUUUCUGUUUACUACUCCCAUCACAGAGGAUGUAUCGUCGGUGUUGUCGUCUCGAGUCUCCUGUUCAUCUUCCUCAUCCCAAGUGUUGUCCUCGUCGUCAUCGUCGUCGUCGCCGUCGUCAUUGUCUGCAAGGCCUAGUCUGUGCAGCUAUCUCAGUGGUUGUUCUGAAUUCCCAUCAUUUUCGUCCUCGCUGUCGACACCGUCCUUGCGCCGUUAUCACUCUUUCUCAUCCGCUGUGACAUUUCUCGCAUCUCAUCUACUGGACAAGAGAGCCUACCCGGGAUCGGAAGGCGUGGUUGGUGAAAAGGGUACAUCCAGCCUCGGUGGUCAGCCCGACCACUUGCCAUCUCUUGAUAGCAUGUUUCUGCAUGGUGCACUCAAUGAUCCAAUACAGCAAAUUAUUCCUUCAAGAGGUAGUCGUGAGAACCUGCCGUUUCGGGUAAUGAGAAAAACGGAGGCAUGGAACGAGUUCAAGGCGACUGCGUGUCCCUGUGCUGAUCGCCGAACACGAAGUUGUGGUUGCGACGUUGUAACCAAGGGCUCGAAUGCAAUGAGCGCAGGACAAGGUAGGCAAUCUAGCGAGAGGGACAUUGUUGGGACUAAGCGGCCGACGAUGCCGUCGACACCGCAGUUAAUUCGUACCUCACACCUUUCCGAUCCAUGGCAUCAGCGCGAUGUCGUAUCUUUCUUCAGUCUCAUGUCUCGGAAAGGUGGAAGGCAAGACCUGCUGUCGUUGCCGUGGCGCCCACCUUCCCUCGCUCGUUCUUUUCGGUGUCAGCCGUGUUUUGUUUCGCCGUCUUUAAGAUUAACAUUGGCGUCUUCAUGUCGAAGACUGCAGUCAUGAUGACAAAUGUUUUGUGCCCGCGUGCCCGCUUUAGGCUGAGUGAAUGCCGGUUUCUCUCCUCCGACUCUUCUUCUACAAAGUCGAUGCCGAUGUCAGGUAGGACGUUCACUUGCUUGUGAACUGUGAUGUUGCUUCUGUGCGGCGCACUGCGAGCUGACGAUAACCUCUCUCUCUCUCUCUCUCUCUCUCUCUCUCUCUCUCUCUCUCUCUCUCUCUCUCUCUCUCUCUCUCUCUCUCUCUCUCUCAGUUGUGACGGUGUUCAGUUGAUUAUGGCCGCGAGGUCGGUUCUAUGCAGCAAACUGUGAGGAGUUGUGAUGGUGCCUGGUGCCUGCCUUCUGUCAGAAUCAUCGUGAUGGGAACCUCAUGGAUACACCUGCGAUGGACACAUGUCAUCGCAGUCGCGUGUGACCUUUUUCAUCGAGCAAGCGGAAUUGUGUGCAAUCCCUUGUACGCAUCCGAGUAACAAGUCAGGAAAUUGUUUGCUCCUUUUGAUCAUGUUAUGUUUGCUUCUGCUCUCCCCACUUGUUCCCAUUUGCAGUGGACGACGGUGCGGUCAACUUGCCGUGUCUCCUUUCUCGAUCCACACCGAUUCUUGUGGGGAGGUAAAGUGCUUCAUCGUCUCUUGCUGUUGCGAUUGUUUCCGUUCCCGUUUUGCGGCGGAUAUUUACGUUUCUAUUGCUGUAAUUCUGCCCAUAACUGACAUUUCGAUCAAACUGACAGUUUUUUUCUAAAAAUUCACGAAAUUGAGCGCACCAAAAAACAUCAUUUUGUACUGUUCUUUGUCCCCAUGACGUCGGAUGAUCAGAUCAUCGGGUGUCGUGGCAACUGCCGAUGAUCUGAUCAUCGGAUGGAUGUUAACGGUACUUUACGUUGAGGUACAUCAGAUGGGCAAAGUGAGAUAACCACUUCUCACCCAAGGAGGUGUAUGUUAAGUUGUUAACGGUACUUCACGUUGAGGUACAUCAGAUGGACAAACUGAGAUAACCACUUUCUCACCCUAGGAGCAAUGAAAGUUUGACUAAGUC